UAUCUACUUUGAAUAAAACAAUGGAUACUAAAUAUCAAGCAAUUAUAACAAAAAAAAGUGUGAAGAAAAUUUCAUCGUGUUCAUCUUUGCAAAGUACUCAGGCUGUCUGUGGGAUACAAAAUAUUCCUUGUUCAUCUAAAUCUGCUCAGAUGGAUCAGAUGAACAAAUGGUUUCAAAAUUUAAGGAUACAAGAACAUAGAGAUUAUAAUGGAGAACAGGAUGAAUACCUUGCUGGAUAUAUUAACAGUGUUAUUGAAACAAUUAAUACAGUACUUGUAAAACCAUUUUCCUCAGAUGUUCUUUUAUACUUUGGUACUCCAUUGUUUUUAAAUUGUAUGAAUUUUAAAAAUUCUAAAACAAGAUGUGUAUUUCUGGGCUAUAUAGAUGAUAUAUUCGGAUCUGUUGGGGAACCUAUGUAUUCCAUAACUGUGAAAUGUGAUCCAAGAAACGUGUUGAAUAUUAAUGCUAAAGUAUAUUAUCUUCCAAACAAUCCAAGGACCUUACAUAUGUAUGUUGAACAUACAGUGGAUGAAGUAUCUAAUAAAGAAAAAUACAGCAUUAGAACAAGAAAUUUCUAA